AUGUCUGGUUUACCCCCUUCCCUUCGUGGUUUGCUGCAGCAAUUUGGUGGAUUAGUUGGUCCCUCUAAUGGAGGAGAAGCACAAGACUUGCCGGAUACAUCCGAGCAAGUUUAUAUUUCUUCUCUUGCUCUAUUAAAAAUGCUUAAACAUGGAAGGGCUGGUGUACCUAUGGAGGUGAUGGGUUUAAUGUUGGGGGAAUUUAUUGAUGAUUAUACAGUAAGAGUAGUAGAUGUAUUUUCUAUGCCACAAUCAGGAAAUAGUGUAUCUAUAGAGGCUGUAGAUUAUGUAUACCAAACAGAAAUGUUAGAAGAAUUAAAAAAGACAGGAAGACCAGAGAUGGUUGUUGGUUGGUACCAUUCACAUCCAGGCUUUGGUUGCUGGUUCUCUGGUACAGACGUAAAUACACAGCAAAGUUUUGAGCAAUUAAAUCAGCGAGCAGUUGGUGUAGUUGUUGAUCCAAUACAAUCUGUUAAAGGAAAAGUUGUUAUGGAUUGUUUUCGUCUUAUUAGUCCUCAUUUUAUGAUGCUAGGUUAG